GAUUUGUACAUUAUUUGAGACAUACUUUCAAAUGUCAAACAAAUGAGUCUUUGUUUACAAAACAUUUGAAAGACUCAAAAGACUCAGUGUUUUGUCGGUCAACGGAUCCCAAGACUAGACAUGAGUUCUUUAAACCAAAGCAACAACGGUUCAAAUGGCAUCAAAUGGAUGUCUUCGUCGACAUUGAGUCUAAUUAACCGCAUAUUUGACACCAUUUUGUUGGUAUCCGUCCUCUCGUACCAGAACUGGACGCUUAGCUAUUACUUGACGUCUUUUAAUGGACACAACAGUCUCUGGUAUUUCCUAUUCUUCGCCGACUUUCUUCUGGCCUUUGUGUUCAUAUCGGGCGCUGUCCUCGGAUGCCGUCAUUACCGGAGAGUUAAUGUCUUAAAGCGAUCGACAACUUUGAACCCGUCCUCAGAUGACAACGGAUUGCAAACUAAUGAAUCAAAUGAUAAGAAACGAGUGAAUAAACUAAGAGUUUGUAACAUAACUAUUCCUCGAGUGUUGGGAAGUCUACCACUUCUAUGGAUUUGUUGGCUUUUAUACACAGCGUUAUUGUCGACCAAAAUAUUUGUUCUCAAUUUGCAGAACAUUACUCUCGAGUUAUAUAAGUCAUCCGUAACUCAGGACUCUCGAGGGGAGGCCGAGCCCCACACCAUCCGUCUCUGUCUGGCUCUCAUGACUCUUGUAUUCAUUCUAUGGGUUGACAUUCAUCGCAACCCUAAGAAUAAGCGUUCCCUCGACUGCAUCAAAGAGUUGGACACAAUAACAGUGAUCGAGAUCUUCGACUCAAUCGACUUGUUAGACCUCUUGCUGCCAGACUCUCCCAGAGAGAUGUCAUCGGGUUUACAACAUUCCCAAUGGGUUACAGUAGUGGUGUUGAUGUUGUCCGCAAUCAAUCUAAUGCUUCCGACCACUGGAUUAUACCGUUUAAGUAAAAGUGAUUUCGCUUCACAUAAACUCAAUCUCCGAAUGAAUAUUUUACACGAUUCCCUACGAAUACUAUUGGUUAAUCUGCCGUAUCUAUUGCUAAGACUCGCCUUUUGGAAACCCAAAGAAACUGAAUUAUCAUUAGCCGUGGUCUCCGAUGAGAACAAUUCCCGGAACAAUGGAAUCGAUGAUUAA